AUGGACCGACUUCUUCGCGCGUUCGAGCUCAUUGACCUCAACGCUCCCCCACCUGUAAACGAUGAUGACUUAGCCAUUCUAGUGGCCGACCAAGUACUGUUGGAGACGUGGAAUCGAUUCGCAGAGCUGAACGUGUUGCCUCGCGGUCUCCAGCUUAACCAACUGGUGUGGGACGAUGGGCGCGUGUGGGUGGUUGAGUUCCCCCUGUCGGUUGGGCAUGAAAGUGCCAUUGGACGUAUUCAAGUUGCGUUUGCUAUGGCCUUUGGUCUCCUUACUUCGAGUCCUGGACGAGCGAACCUCACUGGACCAAAUGGUCUAAAUGGUGGGCAAUUGACGUUCGCACCAGACUACGCCUACCUCCCGUUGCCUAUGAUUCCUGGAGCUCAGGUGCCAUUGGGCGGGGCGAGCCUGAUCGUGGAGUUCAUGCGCAACCAGCCGUGGGCGUUGGUCCGGCCCAAGCUGAAAAUGUACCGACAGCUUGAUGGUCUCCAAUAUAUCUUCUGUCUGAAGAUGUCGCGAGCGAUGCGGUGCUGGUCUUACGAGCUCUACGACGUCGCCAACAACCACCCAGCCUACCCUGAUGAUGCCGAGCAUCACUCGUUCAGCAUCAGUGAGGCGAACGCUCCAGUCAACCACCAGCACUUCCUCCACUUCGACUCCAAGCGUGUCCUCGGCUUGCCGCUCGACGCGCAGUUACCAGCAGAGUUUCCAGACCAUGUCGUCAUCGAUGUUGUCGCUUUGGCCCAGCAUGCGCGUAUGACCGCACGCACCGCGGGUGAAGCAGUAGCUCAAUACUUCAACUUGUAUUUAUAA